AUUAAAAUCUCAGACCUGCUCAUUCGUGAAGCCACACUAAUUGAACCCCACCCUACCUCACCCAGACUUGGAUUGCAGCGUCUGUUAUGGCAAUUACACACCAAACAUCUCCUCCACCCUGGUAUCCCCAUCAAAGAUGGGAUGGAAAUUGCCGAUAUCGGUGCAGGAACAGGGAUCUGGGCUACCGAGCUAGCCACCCAGCUUCCCCCCUCGGCUCGUGUCACGGCAUAUGAUAUUACUGACACUCACUUUCCCGCCCCAGAGUACUGGCCUUCCAAUCUCAAAUUCGAGAAGCUAGACUCCCUCGGUGCCCCCUCACCGUCUCUAGUCUGCCAAUUCGACGUAGUACACCUGCGCAUGUGGGCCUUUAAUAUUCGUGACAACGACCCAGGCCAGCUGAUACGCAAUGCCGCCAAGUUGCUUAAGCCCGGCGGUUACCUUCAAUGGGAGGAUGCCCGAUUUGGUAGGAAUGUGGUUAGAGGCGACGCCGUCCUUGAGGUACGACAGGUGAUGCAGCGUAUGAGCAACGCCUCGAAACAUAACUUCCAGUGGCUGGACCAGCUUGACCUGCAUGUGAAACGUGCAGAAGGGGCUUUGGACGUGAUAGACUGCCAGUACAAGCCGUGGUCGACUCAGUCUAUUCCGCUCUGUAUGGAUACCUUCAUGGUAGCUUUGGAGAGCAGUGGCGCUGCGUUGGACUGCUUGAAGCAGGUCGAUCCAUCUGCUCCUACCUUGGAUGAAUGGGAGAAUGCACUGGAGGCAUUGCACAACGAGAGCCGUCAUCCUGGCGGUAGUCAGCUUUAUUGGCUUCCAGUUACGUUGCUGGCUAGGAAGAAGUAA